ACUCCAUACAUACAAAGACCCAAGUUAGACAAACUCGUCCUUGUGCUGUUCUUUUGUGUGCUUGACCCUGAGUUUCUUUGACGGAUCUGUCAACCGCCGCCGGAACCUUGAUCAUGCGCACGCCCGUACGUACGGAUGCCUAUAGAGGCAUGCUGCCAUGCGCGCAGUAGAUGCCGGCUGUGUAUGGCAGGCGCGUCUGCUAAACCUUUCUUGGUGGAUCUGUCUGCCGCCGGCCGCUCGUACGUACGUACAAAUGCGUGGAUUGUAUGAUGGAUCAUUGGCACUAUGGCACUAUAGCGCUAAUACGCCAUACAUGCUGCGCUACGAUGCGUGCAGAAGAUGCUGUGUAGACGGACAAGCCUCGCACUUGCCGUUUCCGCUGUAUCUUUUGCGUGUCCUCUUGGGUCUGGUAUACUCGCCAUAAAAGGUACGUAUUUACGGCAUGAGGAGGCAGAACUUUGUAUGCAGGCGAUGGAAGAUUGAUAAAAUCGUUAACAUACUUAUUACGGUGUAAGUUACGCAAGUAUCUUUACGCGUCUCGAAGUUCUACUAGCGAUUUCUCUUCUGCUCUUUCAUUCAUAGAUUACACUACCAGCGCCACUUCCUGUGAUAUGCCACAAAAGGCGUGCACUAGCCCUGGCGAAAAUCCGAGGAGAAAGACCGAC